AGUAGAAAAAAAAAACAAAACGUACGCCAUGUGUUUGCGCCUUUUUUGAUAGAAAACCAAAAAACAGAAACAAAAAGGGAAAUGGACUCCAUAUUUUUAGUAGACAAAACUGGCAACCAGGAGCUGCAGAGCAAGCGAGGCACAAAUGUUCUGUACACAAAGGGUAGAGACAGGUUCUUGCUAUCGGGUGACGAGUCUGGGAGCAGUGACGAGGAGCGAAGCGAAGGCGAAACGCAACUUUUUGGGCUCAACUUUAACAGCAAAGAUAUUAGCGAUGCUGUUAAUUCUUCGUUGGCUGGGACAAAGCCAGCUCCAUCAAAAGUGGCACUACAACUGGAUGAGAUGACUGAGAAAUUAGAAGCCGCUGUGGAUAGUUCAAUCCAAAACAAAAAAGGCCACCGGAAGCGGUUCACAGAGUUGGACUGCAGCUGUGAACCGGACUUGAUCAUUCGAACGGAAAAUGUGGAAAAGGAUAUGCUAAACUCGCGACGAGUUUUGGAUCCAGGUCUGGCGCAGCGCACUGCUCUGCCAUGUGUCGGCAAGAGAAAGCAAACCAUUCUGAACAGAGCGGAGCGUGCAAAAACUAAAGGCAGCGGUUGGUUUGAUCUGCCAGCCACAGAAGUCACCGAGGAAAUGCGAAAUGAACUAAAAAUCAUUCAGAUGCGAUCGGUUCUGAAUCCUAAACAAUUCUACAAGAAGAACGACUUGAAGGUUCUACCCAAAUACUUCCAAAUCGGAACCGUUCAACAUUCGGCAUUAGAUCACUACAAGGAAAAGAACACAAGGAAAGCAAAGAAAUCCUUGGUUGAUCAACUUCUGGAGGACGAGGCCUUCCAGAAGUUCAACAAACGGAAAUAUAAUGAGGUAAUCCAGCGCACAGACAAAUACGCUCAUCGAAAGGCAAUGAAAAAAAUGAAGAAACUAAAGAAAAAUAAAUAAAUCUAUUGUACAACUUUGGCCUUCAA